UCUUUCUCCACCAUUCUCACAUUAUUAUUCAAAUUUCAAAUUCAACUCCUUUCAGUGGUGGUGGCGACAGUGGUGGAGGACAAUAGUGCAGUGCCAUUGUUAAAAAGUUCGCUUGAAACUACGACGUGUGCAUGGCUCUUCAUUUUGCUUCUGAUGAUGGCAUUGCACCAAUAAACUCUACUGUUGUCGCCAUCGAUAAAGACAAGAAUAGCCACUAUGCUGUUCGAUGGACAAUUGAUCAUCUCUUAAUCAACAAUCCACAAAUUAUUCUGAUUCAUGUCAGACAUAAAUACUUGCAACAUCAGGGUUACAAUGCUGGUGAGGGUGGGGGUGAGUUUGAAACUGAUGCACAACAACUUUUCAUUGCAUAUCGAGGGUAUUGUGCUCGCAAAGCGAUUCAUCUGAAAGAGAUCGUCCUUGAUGAUGUUGAUGUGUCUCGAGCCAUUGUAGACUACAUCACCAGGAACCGCAUCAAGAAUAUUGUCGUGGGAGCGUCAACCAAGAAUGCCCUUACAAGGAAGUUUAGGAACUACGAUGUGUCAACCAGCAUAACGAAAUCUGCACCAGACUUCUGUUCUGUAUAUGUCAUUUCAAAAGGGAAGGUGGUCUCGGUCCGGUCGGCGCAAAGGCCAGUGGUUAACACUGCAGUCCCACCAAAGCUGCCAUCUCCUAGAGGACUUCCCCCUCAAGCUCUACCUGAUAACCCAGAGCUUGAAGAUGUAGCCAGAAUUCAAUCUUUGAAGGGGUGGAGAAAUGUAGGAUCAGAGAGGGUUGCCUUUGAAAGGACCAACAACAACAUGAGGGUGCCAAGAGCCAGGAGUGCUCCAACCAAUCUUUCCAUUGAUAAUAUUGAUUUGCAAAGGCCUUCAACUAGCCGGGAUUCUGUUUCGGAUGAUCUUGAUUUCUCGACCCCAAUUAGGUUUGCAUCAGUUGAUUUGAGUAGCCAGGACAUGGAUUUCUCCAUUACGUCAGACUCAGGCAGAGACUCCCUCACCCCAACAUCUGCAAAAGAAUUAGCUGCUGAGAUGAAAAGAUUAAAGCUUGAACUGAAGCAAACCAUGGACAUGUACAGCACAGCUUGCAAAGAAGCAAUAACAGCUAAACAGAAGGCUAAAGAGCUUCAUCAAUGGAGGAUGGAGGAGGCUAGGAGAUUUAAGGAAGCCAGGCUUUCUGAGGAGGCAGCACUUGCCAUGGCAGAGAUGGAGAAGGCAAGGUGCAAAGCUGCCAUAGAAGCAGCUGAGGUAGCACAGAAACUAGCUGAGAAGGAAGCACAAAGAAGAAGGUAUGCAGAGUUGAAGGCUUCAAGGGAGGCGGAAGAGAAGGCACGGGCAUUGACUGCUUUGGCUCAUAAUGAUGUCCGCUAUAGGAAAUACGCCAUAGAAGAGAUUGAAGUAGCCACUGAGAAAUUCUCUCAGGCCAUGAAAAUUGGGGAAGGUGGAUAUGGCCCAGUUUAUAGAGGCAAACUUGAUCAUACCCCUGUUGCCAUCAAAGUUUUGAGACCUGAUGCUGCACAAGGGAUGAGGCAAUUCCAACAGGAGAUUGAGGUUCUAAGCUGCAUGAGACAUCCAAACAUGGUUCUUCUCCUAGGUGCCUGUCCUGAGUAUGGAUGCCUGGUAUAUGAAUACAUGAGCAAUGGCAGCUUGGAAGAUCGGCUUUUGAGAAGAGGUGACACCCCAUCAAUUCCAUGGAGAAUGAGAUUCAAAAUAGCAGCAGAGAUUGCCACUGCACUUCUAUUCCUCCACCAGGCAAAGCCAGAGCCUUUUGUGCACAGAGACCUAAAGCCAGCCAACAUCCUCCUAGAUCGAAACUAUGUGAGCAAAAUCAGCGAUGUUGGCCUAGCCAGGUUAGUUCCUCCUUCUGUGGCUGAUAGUGUGACACAAUACCACAUGACUUCAGCUGCAGGGACAUUUUGUUACAUUGAUCCAGAGUAUCAACAAACAGGUAUGCUAGGGACUAAAUCUGAUAUAUACUCUAUGGGCAUAAUGCUUCUCCAAAUUAUCACUGCCAAGCCCCCAAUGGGCCUUACUCACCAUGUUAGAAGGGCCAUUGAGAAAGGGACAUUCACGGAUAUGCUUGAUCAGACAGUUCCUGACUGGCCGGUUGAAGAGGCGCUGGCUUUUGCCAACCUAGCACUAAAAUGUUCUGAGCUGAGGAAAAAGGACAGGCCUGAUCUUGGUUCUGUUGUAUUGCCAGAGCUUAACCGGUUGAGUGGCUUUGGCAUGGACAGUUCUGGACCAGAUAACAGUAGUAACAUGUUUAAUGGCUAUGCGUCGUAUACUCACAGAUCCGGUUCACAUCCAAGGCUCUCAAGUACUGCAAGCCAGGACUAAGAGAGGGCAAAUCUGAUCUGGGAACUGAUCGAUUGGCCUAAUCCCAAAUGAAGAUCACUGUGGUUGAAAUUCAAGACCUACCAAUGGAGUACUGGGGGGACCAAAAUUAACCAUAGAAAAAGGAAAUGGAUCCUGAUGUUAUAGAGAAAUGUACAUGUCCAUCUUCAAUUCAGUUCUCAACAAAAGUGGAUCCUGGAACUAAUAUUGGAAAAAAAAUUUCAUUGUUA